AUGGGCGGCGGUCUGCUCAGCUUCUGCUUCUACACCUUCGUGAACAAGUUCCUGAGCGUGGAGUUCCCCGAGAUGCUGGCAGAGAUCAUCAGCAAUCAGUUACCAAAAUUCAAGGCUGGGAGCGUCAAACCUCUCCUCUUCCAUCAGAGAUGACUGUUUCCUGUAGCAAACACAAAGCCUUAAAAUCCCACCACAUCACCUCAGCAGCCCCCGCAGCACCACCUCUUCCUCCCUUCACCUCCACCCUCCAGAUAAGCAAAGAAUAGAACUGACUACCUAACGCCAGGAGAGGACGACGUUUUUUUUUUUCAGGAAUCAAGCAUCGGUUUCAAAGCGGGCUGAAGGCGUCCGGUGGGAUGGAGCGACGUUUGUGUAGGAAGCAGACGGCGACGCGCGAAGCAUUCUGCUUCCGUUAAGAGUCUAAGAUGUAGUGUCUAAUAAGAGUAGGAACUGUUUGUUAAAGCUAAUCGCAGAGAGAAAUAAUAGGCUAACAUUAAUGUUGUCUCAGGUGUCUUACUUUCAGAUCUAGAACGAUAUCUAAAAUAGAUACAAUUAUCUAUGUACAGCUUCUGAUAGUAUUUUCUACAUUUUCAAACUACGACAGUUUAUACAAUUUUCCAGGUCGUCGUUACCCAAGAGGGUAACAAAAGCUUAAUAACAUGCUCUUAAGUAGGCUUUUAUGUUCUAAUUUUAGUCUUUAUAGGAGGUUGUAACGAAAAUGUUUUUUUCUGUCACACAGAGGAAAAAGGAAAAAAACAGUCUGUUUUUCUAAUGAUUUUAAAAAAGCAUCUUUCUUUGCUUUGAUUACGUAACUAUUUACAUAGUUUUCUGUGGGCCUGUUAGCUAAAGUCCACCAAUAAUUUCUCCCACAAGCCGACCUCUUCCAGGUUUACAUGUCGAUUACAAAAGGGAAAAAGAUGUGCCUUUUUUUGCUUAAAAAAACAACAAAAUCAUCGAAGCCAUUUUUUUUUCCUAUCGAACUUCAACCUGUCAUCGUCUACCUUCAUCGUAAGUUGAUUGUACUUUUUUAUAUUCUAAUACACGCAGUUGCAGCUUUC